CUCCAAUUCACCGUCACACACUUGGGUUAUAUCUCGUCCGAUCAGGCGCAUACAGUUUUCGCGGCUAGUGGAUGGAUGAGAAAGCUCGCGGUGCGAAUUGCAUCCAGUUCUGGGAGUGAGGCAGCAGCAUCAGAAGCUCACGAUGCCACCUACCUUCAGGUCCUCUCGCUCGGGGCGCCAAUUUGGAGAUGCCGCCAACCGCAAUCGAACGGGGCAGAUCGAUCACGACGUGUUUGAAGGACUUCCUGUACGACGAUGGACGCGCCAGACCCAAACCAUUUCACAAGUACCUAAGAACGACGUGCCCGACUCCAGCGAUGUUCAAGGUUCGGGCGGCAAACCUACCAUCCCCGAACACCCAAUGCCCCGAGAUAGCCACUUGUUGACCCCGAUGAGUCGGGCGCUCCUGCGCGCGGCCCGCGCGGGCUGCAUUUACAUUCGGCAAGCUGCGAAGGACUCUGAAGAUGAUGACAAGGAGGCAACGGACGGAGAAGAACAACCCUUGAUCCAGAGCACGGAACGCAGCUUCGUGGCCCGCAAGUGGACGGCUGUCCCCAAGCAUCUCGAGGCUGUGGAGGUGGAAUUCCUGGCCAAGAGGCGGCCAGGCAUGCAGUCCCUGUAUGGCGCGUCGGCUACAGAUGGAGAUGGGUCCAAUUCGGGCCCCAUGAGGCGGACCCGUUUCAAGAAGGUUGAUCCGGUCACGGGGAACAUUUCGAUCUACGAGGCUUGGGUGCCCGAGGGACAUAAGAUUGAGGGAGAGAUUAGCGAUGAGACGCAGGUUGCGGCUCCGAGUAGCGCUGUCACUGUCACUCCGGAGGCCCCGGCCCCGGGCACUGUCAUUGAAGGCGUGGGGGUCGUCAAUGCUGAGGGCGUUGUAGUUGCCGAAGCCGGGUCGGAGAAUGUCAUGACCCCUCCCAGACGACGGCCUCCUCCCCCCAAGCGUAAGGCUAAGGGGGUGGGCAAAGGAAGGCGCAAGAAGGUUAUGUUUGCUCCUGGUGACGGCGCGGAUGCUUCCCAGGUUCAUGGGGCAGGCGGCGUAGACAGCGCAGCAGACAAAGAAGAUGAUACAGAUCCCUCAAGAUUAUCGGUCGGUCAAGCCGGUCAAGAUGAAGAGGAGGAUGAAGGCGACGAGGUUGAUGAGAGCGAUGACGGUGAUGAGUCCAUGCUCGAUGCAAAGACACCAGAGACUUCGGCACCACCGACCAGCACUGAGCUCUCGGCUGCUCCCGAACCGGUACCUGUACCUGCGUUGGAAGCCCUUCAACCCCAGCCAUUAAUCUCAGACAAUGCUUCUGUCGCUACCUCGAAAACGCCUUCAGAACAUCCAGCACCGCCCUCGGCUCCCUCUGAACCUCCAGAGGUGUCUCGAGAUCCAUCCAAGCUGGCUCCGGUCGGUAAGCCAAGCGCGACUCCUGGACUUUCCAAGGAUGUGGAAAUGGCAGACGCCGUUCCCUCAGAGCCAACAAAUCAACCUGCCCCUCAGCAGGGGCCAGAUUCACAGCAACAAACGCCCCAAGAAAGUGCAAAGGCAGCCUUCCUGUCGCCAUCUCAAGACACACUUCGGGCACAGGUGUUAGAGACGCCUUCACCUACAGCGAACAUGGAAGCAGUUGAGCCGCUUGGGGGCGCUGGUGGAACAGUUACGCAGCCGUCGUCGGAACAGCUCCAGCACGGUGGAGAUAUAGUCAUGGAGGGUUCCACAGACCUACCAGGGGAUGCUUCCAAGCUCUCCUCUAACCAACUAACUCCUGAGCCUUCGACUAAUCACAGAGUCGGCUCUCAGCCCAGUGAAGAAAGCACAGAGACUAAGAAGUCCGAUUUGCUCGGCACAUUAGAAGCGAGCCUGGAUAAUCCACCACAAGUGGUCCAGCCGAGCGAGCAAGCGAAUGAGGUUAAAAUGGAAUCAGUUGAUCGGCCUGCUGUUCCUGAGCCAGCUGCAGAAACUAUCCCCCAGACUAUCAGCGCAGCAGAGAUUACUACGACCCAGACCACUGACGAACCCACCGGUUCGGGCUUGGAGCGAUCCGUAGAACAACCCGCCGCUUUUGAACAUGACGGACAGACUAUUCAGCCACCGUCUGAGCAGCCCAUCACAGAACCAAGCUCUGAAGCCCCUUCGCAGCCCAUGGGCCAGAUCCCUGACAAGGCCGCUCCCCCGGCUGCGGCAGCAGAGCAAGUGGAUGAAUCAGUCAUCAAGCAACAGCUGCCUCAGUCUGAGAACUCGGCACAAGAGCAAACCGCACCUUUAGCUACAGAAGCUUCUGCUGCCGAGUAUACUGCUGCAUCUGUGGACACCCCGGCCGAACAGCCAGCUGAUCAAAAUCUCGAGCAGCCAGCAUCCACAGAUCAGCCUUCAGAGCCUCGGCCUCAAUCUCAAGUACCCACCGAAACACCGAAGGAACAAAAGCAGUCGAGCCCGGAGCAGCAUGCCGCUGCUGCUGCUUCCUCAGAGGCAACCCCGGCACCUGCAGCACAGCCAUCCCCGCCUCAAGAGCAGCCGCAGAUGCAAGCACAGCAGAAGCAACCUGAGCCCCAAGAACCCCAACUACCUAAAGCAUCCACCCCUCCUGCGCCUGUAUCUGCACCUGCACCUGCACCUGCACCUGCGCCCCUAGCAGAGGAAUCACAGUCCAAAUCUGUAUCUGGACCGCAACAGCCCUCGACCCAACCCAAUGAGUCUGGGGUUUGAUACCCCAAGCCUACCACUGCCCAUUGUUGCAUCCUCGCAAUCCGGACCCAAAUCAACCGCUUGAAAUAGAGGUCAACCCGCCGAGGACAUGACCAUUGCUAGAUUUCACUACCCAGGUGGGCAGUCCUCGCCAGGACUCCCCAAUCUUCAUCAGUCUAGAACAAAAGGACCCCGUGAGGUGUUCCGAUGCCCAGAUCCAAUUCGGUUCCGCCACUUUUGGACAUGUGUCAAGAAUGAGGUGCAUAUCGGGAUUUUAUGUAUAUGGUUCGAAGUUAGUCUAAAUAUCUCUUUGUGGUCAAUGCAUGUGGAUCCAUUCCUUUGUCCGGGACAUAUAUUGGGUUGCCUGCUGCGUCGAUUCAGCAACCAUC